AUGGCAACUGAAGAAGAACGCGGAAUGCACGUGCGAGUCACAAAACCAAGUGUCUCUUUCCUACCCGAGACCGAAACAUCCAAGACCGUCACAUAUGACCUCCAUCACAAUGACUUGCUUCCUAUGUAUGACUACGUCUCCCAGGAAUAUCUGAUGACGGGCGUUGCCGUUGCAAACUCGUACUGCACACGUCUUCUUCUUCGUUGCCCUGCUGAUCCUGGCAAAUUUUCCGGUCUUGUCAUCGCGGAACCAUCUCAUCUAUGGGGUGGAACAACCAUCUGGCGUCUCAUUAAUCGGUGGCUGAUGCGCAAUGGACAUGCCUGGGUGGAAGUUGAUUCGCAGGCUCCCGCGACAAUUGACCAGAUCAAAAACGUUGAUCCCGAACGCUACAAAGAGAUGCACUUUAUCCCCUGUCGCACUCUGGAGGAGUUUUCCAGCAACAUUCCCGCCUUCACUAACGCAGAGGAGCUGUGGGAUAAUUACAGGAUUUUCAAGGAGAGAUGGUGGGCCGCAACUCUGCAGUCUCCGGAGAUUCUUGUUGCUGCAUCAUAUGCUUUGAGAUCCGGGCAGCUGGGUAUCAAGGCUGAGCGCGUUGUGCUAACUGGUCUUUCCCAGACUGCAGACUUGAUAAGAAAGUUCAUCGUCGAGUCUCCUCAUCUCCGACUUCCUGAUGGAUGCGCUCCAUUUGAGGGAUUCAUGCCAUGCCAAUGCGAUGGCGGCAACCCACUUCCAGACUUGCGCGAUGUAAAGAUCAUUGAGAUUCUAGGUGAAUUCGAACUCAUUUAUAUCAGGGCACUCUACAGCGGAAGUGAACAGCCUCCCCAUCGCCGUGCUGAUAGCAAGUCAUUCCGGCUCUACGAAGUUGCUGGUAUGUCUCAUCGCGAGACUCGAUACCUCUCCAUGGCCGAUAAGAAGCGUUUGUCGGUUGUUGAUCUUGAAGGUGCUCAGUGGAGCACUUUUGCCAAUUCUUUCGUUUACCAUGCUCUCUUCGAUGCUAUGAACAAAUGGAUUACGACCGGUGUUGCUCCUCCGCGAGGUACCACAAUUGAUAUCGACAAAUUCGGAGAGAUCGAGCGAGACGAGUACGGAAAUGCGCUUGCUGGAGUCAGAACUGUUCAUACAGACGUGCCUACUGCCAAAAUCAUUGAUGUUACCCCCCAGCCACAUCCGCAUUGGCACACUGGCACCGAGGUCCCUUUCAAAGAUGUCAAGCUGUGGGCUAUCUACAAAACUGUAGCCAACUUUCGACGUCAGGCGGGAGAAGCCAUUGAGCGACAGCUUGAUGCCGGAUUUUUGUUGCCGGAAGACGCUGAAGUCCUGCGUCGCGAUACCAUUGAGCAAAUCUCCUUUUAA